AUGAGUCUUCACACCGGAGAGAAGACUUACACCUGCAAACUGUGUGGAAAAACGCUGAAUCGAAAAGGAAAUCUUCAGACUCACAUGAGAACUCACACCGGAGAGAAGCCGUUCACUUGUGAUCAGUGCGGAAAGAGUUUCACUCGUAAAGAAAGCCUUAAUAAUCACAUGCGGAUUCACUCGAGAGAGAGCUGCUGUGUAUGUCAUCAGUGUGGAAAGCGUUUCGCCGACCGUAAUCACCUUAAGAAGCACAUAAUGACUCACACUGGAGAGAAGCCUUUCAUGUGCCAGCACUGUGGAAUGAGUUGCGCGAACAACACAAACCUUAAAGUCCACUUGAGAGUUCACACCGGCGAGAAGCCGUUCACCUGCCAACAGUGUGAAAAGAGCUUCUCACGGAAAGAAAGUGUUAAGGAUCACAUGAGAGUCCACACUGGAGAGAAGCCGUACACAUGCAAACAGUGUGGAAAGAGCUUCACAAAUAAAGGAUCCCGUUACAGCCACGUGAGGACUCACACUGGAGGGAAGCUUUUCACGUAUCUUUAG